AUGACUUCCUUCAUGAUCAAAGCUCACGAGGGUCUUCCGCUCCCACAAUCAUGGAACACGGUGCCUGACUGCCCUUUCUGCCGUAUAAUUCGGGGAGAGACCCCUGCCUUUCGGGUGUAUGAGGACGACAAGAUCAUUGCGAUUCUAGAUAUUGCUCCACUGCGCUCCGGCCACACCUUGGUGAUUCCGAAGAUUCAUAUCCCUCGCGUCUCAGAACUACCGCCCGAGUUCGCAGCAGCAGUGGGUGCUGGUGUUACUAGAGUUGCAAAUGCUAUUGCACAAGCUCUACAGAACACGGCAUUGAACAUCGUCUGCAAUCAGGAGUAUGCUCAGGCAGUGCCACAUGUUCAUUAUCACAUCAUUCCCGCUCCGAAGGCUGGAGAGCUAUCGUCGGACAUAGUGGAGAAGGUCGAUCACGUAACGGGCACGCUCAGUGAAAAGGAGAUGCUCAAGAAGGAGUUUGAAUACCGACAUGAAAUGAACGAUGACGAGGGUCAACAGCUAGCAGAGAGAAUCCGUGCACGUCUCUAG